GUAUUCGGUACUUAUGUAUGUGGAAGGCGAAGCUUUUUGCUCCUUGUCAUCAUCCAAUAUUUUGGAUCUUUUCGGAGGAAUCGAUUAAGAAAUGGAGAAAACUAUGAACUCCUAAAAUCAUUUAACUGAACUAUAAAAUGAUCGACUGAACCUACCUACUUAUUUGCCUUUUCCCAGAUAUCUGAUACAAUAAAAAACUCAAUCGAAUCAAACUUCCUCAAAAGAAAAUGCGCGUCACUCUUUACCAACUCAUAGUCUUAAGCUUUGGAUUUAUGGCCAUUGCUGCCCCUCUCAGCCAUCCUGACCCCCCUACGAUUAGAUCAAAAGAUGGUGAUGAAUUCGUGAGAUGGCCUGACAACGCUAUUGAUGCGAACGGGCUUUCUGUCGCCGCCUACCAGGGCGACUAGAAUAGUUAGGAGUUGUUUGACACAUCGGAGGCUGUUUGUGGAGUUGAGCGAUAAGGAGGUGGAUUGGAAAGUGGCUUUUAGAGGCUGUGUUGUUA